UGGAGUUACUUGCAAGACGAAGACCUCGCACAGCUCGUAGUGGCCCAACAAACAUACAGUCGUAGAGUUGACAGUCUACGUCUAAAAUGUUUCGGCUUAUUUUACGGCCAGCAGUAGCCUUAUCUGCACUCAGACGCUCUCCAGCCGCUGUGAGACUUUACCAUGCAGACAAUGUCGCCACGCUGGGCAUCCAGCCCGAUGUACAGUCUCCAGUUUAUCAAGAAAACUAUGAAAGAAUGCAAGCACUCGUCAAAGACUUAAAGGAAAGGUCAGAGAAAAUCAAACUGGGAGGAGGUGAAAAAGCCAGAAAACUGCACACAUCUAGGGGAAAGCUUCUUCCCAGAGAACGCAUCGACAGACUUCUGGACCCAGGGUCGCCUUUUCUUGAGUUUUCUCAGUUUGCGGCAUACCAGCUAUAUGGUAAAGACGAGGUACCUGCUGCAGGGAUCAUCACUGGAAUCGGAAGAGUGUCGGGGGUUGAAUGUGUCAUCGUAGCAAACGAUGCUACAGUGAAAGGUGGGACCUAUUAUCCAGUUACUGUGAAAAAACACCUCCGUGCUCAAGAGAUUGCACAGCAGAACCACCUACCAUGCAUCUACCUGGUGGACUCUGGUGGAGCCAAUCUGCCCAGGCAGGCUGACGUGUUCCCAGACAGAGACCACUUUGGGAGGAUAUUCUUCAACCAGGCCAGACUCUCAUCUGAGGGCUGUUCACAGAUUGCUGUGGUGAUGGGCUCGUGCACUGCAGGAGGUGCCUAUGUGCCUGCUAUGGCUGAUGAGAGCAUCAUUGUUCGGAAGCAGGGGACCAUCUUCCUGGGCGGCCCUCCUCUGGUAAAGGCUGCCACAGGGGAGGAGGUAUCCGCAGAGGACCUGGGAGGUGCAGAUCUUCACUGCAGAAAAUCUGGAGUAACAGACCACUAUGCUUUGGAUGAUGACCAUGCAUUACAUUUGGCAAGGAAAGCCGUGCGAAAUCUCAAUUACAAGAAACAUAUUGAUGUGACCGUGGAACCAACUGAGCCUCCCCUCUUCCCUGCUGACGAGCUCUAUGGUAUUGUGGGAGAAAACCUGAAGAGAAACUUUGACGUUAGAGAGGUUAUCGCCAGAAUUGUGGAUGGCAGUAAAUUUGAUGAGUUCAAGGCAUUUUAUGGAGACACUCUCGUAACAGGGUUUUCUAGGAUAUUUGGAUACCCAGUUGGCAUUAUUGGAAACAAUGGAGUUCUGUUUUCAGAAUCGGCUAAAAAGGGAGCACAUUUUAUUGAGUUGUGCUGUCAAAGAAACAUUCCUCUCAUAUUUCUUCAAAACAUAACAGGCUUCAUGGUGGGAAGAGAGUACGAGGCGGGAGGUAUCGCUAAGGAUGGUGCCAAGAUGGUGACUGCCGUAGCCUGUGCCAACGUGCCCAAAUUCACCGUUAUCAUUGGAGGGUCGUACGGAGCUGGGAACUAUGGCAUGUGUGGACGGGCGUACAGCCCCAGGUUCCUGUACAUGUGGCCCAACUCCAGAAUCUCUGUGAUGGGAGGGGAGCAGGCUGCUACUGUUCUGGCCACCAUUACAAAAGACCAGAAGAAACGAGAAGGGAAGGAGUUCACGGCAGAGCAGGAGGCUGCCAUGAAGGAGCCAAUCAUCAGGCGCUUUGAGGAGGAAGGAAAUCCCUUCUACUCCAGCGCAAGGCUUUGGGAUGAUGGAAUUAUUGACCCUGCUGACACGCGACUCGUCCUGGGUCUGAGUCUAAGUGCUGCCCUCAACGCUCCAAUCCAGAAGACCAGAUUUGGUGUGUUUAGAAUGUGAGGUCUUUUUUUAACACUACUGACGAUGUAAAAGGGCUAGAGGUGACUUCUUAAGGAACUCUAACAUGCAGUGCUGUUUUUGUAUGUCACUAUUUUUUCAUGUGAAUAAAUGUUAAAUUUUC